AUGUCCUCUGAGACUCCACCGAAUCCCAAUGGUCAAGAGGAGGGGGGCUCAGACGGCUCAGACAACGGCGACCUUUGCUUGAACCAGCUUGCUCUUGAGCGAAGUCAUGCUGCCAGCCUGGAAUCGAAUACAGGGCAGGCCACCAAGACAGCUGAAGAGAUUAAGCAGGAGGGACUGCUUAGGCGGGCAGCAGAAAACAAGGAGAAGAAGAAUGAAACUACCAGUAAGAAAACAGACACUACCACUACAUUGUCCACAACCGUUUCCACGAAGCAUGGUACAGAGGACGAUGAUCAGCGACAGAAAGACGAACUUGCCCUCAUGACUGCUUUAGUACAGCGAUCAGCAGCUGCUGUCAGACAAUCUCAACAAGAGAGGGCAGAAUCGGCAGCCAUUGUUUCUGAACCUGACAGCAGAGCUCAAGAUUUGAAUGACGAAGAUUGCACGGCAACAAAACUAGCCAUUGCAGCAGGAAAGAUUGUGGACGACUCUCUUAUUACAAAUCCUGCUAAUAGCGUUCCGUCGAUAUUUUCUGAUAUCAACAUUGAAUAUGACCAUCGAACGGGGCAAUCACUGGCCAACCACCCGUUGCCUCCAGGUGCUGUUUCUCCUGGUGCCUACUCUGGGGCACCAGAUUCCUACUAUCGAGCACUGGAACCGGCGAGACUUGAUGUACUGGGAGAAGGAUCCGAUCUACUGGGAGAAGGAUCCUCUGGUCAACCACAGCAACAAGAAGAAGGUCAGGCGGAAGUAAAUUUGGAUGAAGCUACAGAGAGUAGAGCACCACUAACGGCUCUGGUAGAGUGGGUGUCUGGGCCGGAUCCUGAUGAUGCAGAUGGCACAGAAGCUGGGUCCACAACUGAACGCAACAAAAUGUUUGUCAGAGCAGGAUUGUUGCUAGUAUUGUUGGUCGUCAUCCUUGCGGUUGCCAUUGCACUGGCUGUUGGCGGAGGCGGACAAGACGAUGGUCUAUCACUGGAAACAACAAUUGGCACUUCCGGUGGAAUGUCCGAUCCAGUACCAACGCAAGCACCAACCUUCAACCAAGAAGAUGGGGUGCUCCUCCCCAAUGCCGCCAACUCCACUUUGGAAUUAAUUUUGGAUCAGGAAUCACCACAAUACAAAGCUUUCACCUGGCUAACUCUAGAUCCCAACCUACAGCGGCACAAAAGCUGGCAACGGGAACAGAAGUUUGCUUUGGCCACAUUUUUCUAUGAAUUUGAGGGUCCAACAUUUUGGUCAUGGCUUCGCUACGAUAUCAAUGAGUGUGACUGGGGUGAAAGUGCUGUCAGCAAACAUGUGCAUUGCAAUGCUGAUGGCCGUGUACAACGAAUUGCUGUGGGAAAAUUUGCAGGCCGUUUCAUUGGAUCACUCCCACUCGAGCUAUCAUUGCUCCGUCAGUUCGAAGAUUUGGAUUUGUCGGGGCAUUACCAAGAUACAAUCAUAUUGGAUCUGCUUCCACCAAACAUAUCAGAGUCAUUUCAGUCUCUGAAAGUGAUCAGCUGCAGAGAUUGCCGUCUCCUUGGAAGCCUCCCGUUGGAGCUCUUUGAUUGGACCAAUAUCCACACCUUGAUGCUGGGAGAUAACGUAUUCACUGCAACCAUACCUCCAGAAAUCAAGCAAAUGACCCAACUUAAAAGGCUGUCUCUGAGUGACAAUAAACUAUCAGGAACCAUUCCAGUAGCGCUGACUCAACUGGACCAGCUUGAAGAGUUGUUAUUGACAAACAACAAAAUGUUAGGAAAGGUCCCUUCUGAGUUUGGCUUGAUGACAUCAUUGAUUCGCUUGGGCUUGUCUGACAACCGAUUACGAGGGAGUAUGCCGUCAGAGCUCGGACUGAUGACAGCAUUGGCUUCCUUGAACAUGAGUUCCACUUCAAUAUCAGGCAACAUUCCAUCGGAGAUUGGGAUGCUGACAGCAUUGACUGAAUUGGACUUGCAUGACAGCCGUUUAUCGGGAAGCUUCCCAAGCAAUCUUUGUUCGAACCCAGACUUAUUGCAGAUACAAGUUGAUUGUGAACUAGUGGAAUGUACAUGCAGUCAAUGUGGCUGUGUGACACUAUAG